AUGUUACAAAAAAGGAUACUUGAACUCAUAACAGUGCUGUUCUACUGGUUGGUUCUUAUGCCUCCAGUAUACAACUUGUGCAAAAAGAAGCAUCUCGUGGAGACAAAGUUCGAUGAGGCGAUUAACUAUAUUAGGACACACUGCUUGUUUGCCCUGACAGCUAUGCUUGGCUACAUGGUUCUCUUUAGAGUGGUUAUGCUGACCUACGCUGCGGCCAAGGCGAACGACAACAAGAUGUGGAAUAAAAUUCCGUCUCCAAUGCUGGAUCGGGGUGAUGAGUUUAAAAAGUCGCGAUGCAUUUUGGAUGAAGUCGAUGGCGUCGAAUUGGACGAAAGAAGUCCAUGUCCACAGAGUAAGACAAACGAAGACAUUCUGGUUGGUAUUCCGGUGAAGACCGAAAAAAAACUGGAAAGCUCUGCCAAAUCCGAAAUGCAUGAAGUGGAGAUCCACCCCAGUACAAAUUCCUAUACGCCGAUUCCUGCUGGAUCAAAAAAGAAGAAAAAUGGUACUAAAAAGUCUGCCCUGGUUGCAUAA